UAUCGGUUGGGGUUAUGAAUAUAUAGAUUGGUGGUGAAUUUGGCGAUUCGAAUCAUUGAUUUAUCUACAAAACGAUCCAUUUAGAUUGCAGUUCAAAACUUAAGACUCGUUGCAAGCACCGUGAGAUAUUCAUUCAGUGUAGCGUGCUCAUUGUGGGACGUGCUUCUUAAUUCAUCACUAAAAAAUUGUUGGAUAAAGAAAUAUGUUGGAUCCAGGGAUGCUGACAGCAGCUGUUCUUCUGCUGACUGUUUCUGGGGGUGAGUGUUUGUUGAACUAAAUAAAAUGUACAUGUUCUACAAUGUUCAUUAUGUUAAUAUCAUAUUCAUGUGUGGCUAGUAGCGUCGUCGUAGUAGGUCAUGUGUGGCUAGUAGCGUCGUCGUAGUAGGUCAUGUGUGGCUAAGAGCGUCGUCGUAGUAGGUCAUGUGUGGCUAAGAGCGUCGUCGUAGUAGGUCAUGUGUGGCUAGUAGCGUCGUCGUAGUAGGUCAUGUGUGGCUAGUAGCUUCGUCGUAGUAGGUCAUGUGUGGUUAGAAAAGUCAUCGUAGUUAAGCUAUGUGUGGCUAGUAGCGUCGUCGUAUUAGGUCAUUGGUGGCUAGUAGCGUCGUCGUAGCAAGUCUUGUGUGGUUAGUAGCAUCGUCUUAGUAAGUUUUGUGUGGCUGGAAAAGUAAUCGUAGUAAGUCAUGUGUAGCUAGUAGAGUCAUCGAAGUAUGUCAUUUGUGGCUAGUAGCGUAGUCGAAGUAAGUCUUGUGUGACUAGUAGAGUUGUCGUAGUAACUCAUGUGUUGCUAGUAGCGUCGUCGUAGUACGUCAUGUGUGGCUAGUAGCUUCAUCGUAGUACGUCAUGUGUAGCUAGUAGCGUCGUCGUAGUACGUCAUGUGUGGCUAGUAGAGUCAUCGUAGUAAGUCUUGUGUGGCUAGUAGAGUCAUUGUAGUACGUCAUGUGUGACUAGUACAGUCAUCGUACUAAGACAUGUGUAGCUGAAAGCCAUGUGUUGCUAGCAAGCUUUGUGUGGCUAUAAAACCAUGUGUUGCAAGCAGAAUUAGACAUCAAUUCGGUGUCACACUGAAUUCAAACAAAACAUUUCAUUGGAAGUAUGAAAGAAUUAGAUUAGCUCAAGUUCAACAUUUUAAUAUGUUUCCAUUCCAGCUCAACCGGUUAAACCUUGACUUAUUUGUAUCCAUAAUAUAACACCGUAGGUAGAGUGUCCGUCAUUGGUAUAGCUAUUUGUUAGUGAGCGUAUUUGGUGUCGAGAUUAUUUGCGUAGCUGUUUCUAUGUAGUUCUUAUUGGUGACGUUUAAAGACGUGGGAUGCUCAAAUUUGUACAAGACAAAAUUUUAAAGGAAAAUCGGGAAAACCGAACACCAUUUUAAUGUAAUAGGAUAUUCUUGAGAGAAGGGGUAAAUAAUGUGCAACCCGGAAGGUUAGACGUUGCCACAGCCAGAGAAGAUAUGGCUGCCGUUUUACAUAGUGUAGAUGCUCCAUCCCAAGAAAAAAAAUCAAUAUUUACAAAAUAGAUCCAUUCUGAGUAGACUAUGUGACCCAAUGUGCUACCUUUGCUUUUCCCGUAUGGGGAUUCAGGCUUGAUCAUAAAUUGAAAAAAAAAAAAAUGCUCUUGCUCUGUGUUAUGUAGACGACAUGUUUACUUCCUAUUUCCCAGUGCUGUGAAACCUAAAUGACGUUGCGUUAGUAUUUCGCAUGGCUUAUUCCCUUUGAUCUUGGCCUUGUUUACUACCAACUAAAAAUUAAUCGUCUGUUCUAAUAGAAUUUUGUGGAAAGGUCGAGAAAUGAAAACAAUGUAAAAGGCUUUUACAUAUGCCUCGGUAGAACUGACUAUAUAUAUAUGUUUUUUUUAAAAAGUUUCAAAUGCUCAACUUACGGCAAAGAACCGUUUCGACAAAAUCAGGGAAGCAUUGGAAAACUCCUAACUAACCUAACUAAACGUCUAUUCGUUAUUGAUGGUCCUGAUGAAAGUGGUAAAACCUUUGCUUUACAGCACAGUAAUAAUAAUAAUAAAGUUCAUCUCAAAAACACGCUUCAUCCCCAAAGGCUCGAAGCGCGGUACAAAGUCAACAAAUCUAUAAUUUACCACAUUUUAAAAAAAAAACGCAAAACUACAAAAACUAAUUACAAGCAUACAAUGGCAAAGUCUUUCAACCGUAAAAUAAACAGCCAUUAUGCAUUAACUGGAAAAUAAGGUAGACAAUCCUUCCAGAAGGUGUUUGCGAAGUAGAGGUAUCUUUAAAUCGGUUUUAAAGGACUCCAGUGUCUGGCUGUUUCUGAGAUCGACAGGAAGGGCGUUCCAAAUUGUAAUGUGUAAUAUGUACAUGUAUAGGCAUAGCUGCAACUUCGCUUGUGUGAGGCAGAACUUCCCACAGUCGUUUCCAGCUCCCCAUUAAUAUAAAGAAAACAACAUGCUGCAAUGUUCUCAAAAAGACCAACGUUUAGAUAUGGGACGAAUUUUCAAUAGUCCCAGCGCAAGGGGUUGAUGGAGAUGGCACACAAAGUCAAUUAUAACUCUUAGCUGAAUGUCCUAACGCACCUUCUGAAAAAUCGUUUUGAGGUGCGGUCAUUCUUUUCGGAGGAGAUUUAAGACAAAUUAUCCCUGUUGUUUUACAUGGGAUUAGAACUAAAUUACUUUCUUCAUGCAUAAAGGGUAGUAAGUAUUGAGAAAAUAUUUAAGUCCUAAAUUUAUAUCAAGAUUCGCGUGCCAGUAAAGGACAAUGUCCCAUCAGAACAACGAGGCUGUUUCGAUUGGCUUUUAAAACUUGGGAAUUAAAAAAAACUCCAAGAGCCUUGAUUAGAGGGAGGUAUCUUUAAACUUCCUCCAGUCUGCAUUGACAAUGGAUGUAUUGUUGGUGCUGUCUUUCCUGGGGUCAUACAAUCGAGAGAUGACAGCAUUGCUAACCGCGCAAUUCUGUAAGAAAACACUUGACUCGUUUGACCUUAACGAAACGUUGUUAGACGAGUUCAAUCUGAAUUGAAAUGAAAAAUCAGCAAAGAUAGUAUUCAACGACGCAGUGCAAAUGUCGAGAAGGAAGCUAACUAUACAAUGGAGUUUUUGAACAGCUUAACACCUGGUUGUUUCCUCCUCAUAGACUUAACUUAAAAGAUGUUGCAGUAGUAAUUUUACUAGGAAAACUCGACUCAAACAAGAAAGGGUCUUUGCAAUGGGACCCAGAAUGGUCGUCACGAAAGCGAUGUCUAACAUCAUUAACUUUAAAAUCCUGACUGGCUAUUUUUAAGGUAUCAGUGUAUUUAUUCCAAGACUUACUAUUGCACCUAGUUAGACUGACCUUUUCUUUCAUUUAGACUGGCAUUUGCUGUGCCCAUCAUAAGCCAAGGGCAAACAUUGAAAUUAUUUUAUAUUUAAUUACCAUCUCCAGUAUUCAGUUAUGGACAACUUAUGUUACAUUUUCAAAAAAAACAAAGACCUUUCAGCAAGUCAAGGUAAAGGUUUCAGUAACGAACCAAAACGGCAAUUUAAAGAAAGAACUAAAAAAAUUUACACUAAUAAGUUUUCGCCCAAUAAUUAAGCCGUGAUUUUAUUAAAAAUACUCACCUCUCCCGGAGGGUAGCACGGGUACUUCAGCUAGUAUCAAUAGAUUUCAUCGAUGUAAAAUUAACGUUGCUAACCCUUUAAGAAGCAUUGACUAAUAGAACUUUGGCAAAAUUGUUGAAAAGAUUUGAAAGAAGUUUGUGAAGAGCUUGGGCGCCCGCAGAAAACUUUCUAGGGGGGGGGGGCCAAAAAAUCUAUUAACUUUCCAGGGGGGGGGGCAAAAAAAUGUUUGUAAUGUUUUAAUAUAGUUUUAAUUUACUGUAGCGUAUUUGUAUGUUGUACGAACGGACAGGACAUCAGCUUAGUUACUUUCUCUUUAUUUUCUCUUUACUUUAAUAAAUAUUUUGUCUAUUUUUGUCUAAAAAUUUUUUAUCCAAUCAAUCCAGGGGUGAAGGGGGUUUUAGAAGUUUCCAUGAAGAGACCUUUAAAACAGUCUACUUAGUAUCAAUUAAAAUAUUUAAGAAUGAGCUACAGUGACAUAAAAGAGCCUAUAUGAUUUUAGUACAUUCGGAGUCCUCAAAACAAUCAUAAUUAUUUUCUAUUAUUUUACGGAAAUCGAACACAUUUAGAUAGGCAAAAAAUAUUUUAAAUCCGCUUUUUUUAAUUAAAAGUUAAAGUUUUGUUAUAAUAAAUGACAAAUACAUUGAAAGUAUCAACUAAGGAAUAUUUUAAGGAUUGUAUAUGUUUUUAAAAGCUAUUAAAAAAUAUAAAAAAAAUAUAAAAAUCAUGAUCAAAGAUUUACACCGUAAUCACAUUUAUCGGGAAAACCCAAGCAUCAGUCGUUUUUAGUGCGUGUUUUAGUGCAUUGUUAAUGUUGCGAAAAAAAUUAAAAUUAAUUUGUUCUAAAUAAUUACGCAAAUGACGUCAUAGCGCCAAUAGCCUAUUUCGCCAAAACUCUUAGGUUUCUUUAAAUUUAAUAACCACGCGUGACAAAACUGAUUAAGUAUUUUCCCUUCUUAAAAGUAAAAUUAAUAAAUACAAUUGAUUGCUUUUUAAAUUGUUAAUAAAAACACACACGCAUUUUUGCUUUGUAUAUUUUUACAUUGAAAAAGUUUUGCCUCUUAUUAUUCCAAAAAUAUACUUUUAUAAUUUCGUUACGUUAUAACGUAAUACAAACGAACCUUUAAAUAUAAUUAUAAUAAGAAAAUGCGAUUUAAAUCAAUCAGUGCAGGGCAACUCCAUAGCUAAAUAGCAUUCACUAAUCCACGUAUACCUCAUACCAAUAAGAACCAACCAUAUGAUGUGCAAAAUAUGUUAGUUUGGGUAUGGAAGGGACUAUAAUCCGGUGGAAGAUUUUCUAAAUUUAUUGAAACCUGUGUGGGGGAAGGGUUGGUCACUUUGCCCCAGGCAGCACAAGAUACAUCUUAAAAUAAAACAAUGAAUUUGAUAAAUAAUUAAGCUUCUUGGUUACAUGCAUAUCGGAGGUAGGUAAUAAGGUAAUAGGAUGUGUACAUUUUUACGUGGAUGACAAUAUAUUAAAUCCUAUGGUAUUAUAUUUGUGAAAAAAGAUAUUUUAAAUUCUCUUUUUACAAAUAAACAUAUGUUUACCAAUUAAGAAAAUCAAUGGAGUUAACAAAUCUUUGGUACAUUUAUAUAGGUAUAUCCAUGAAUAUCAAAACCCAAUCAUUUUACGCACUUGAAAAUUAAAUUUUGACAAAUGGAGAUGGGUUAAUAUUUUCAUUUUUUUUAAUGAAAAUAUUUGUGUUGUUACUUUGCAAAAGUAAAGAGGUAUGUAUUUUUAAGACAUUAACGAUUUAAUUGUUUAAAGACAUGCAAAUAUGUUAGGCGUGAAAAACAGUUGCGAGAUUCUUCUUAGAUAAAAGAAUUCUUUGUUUUACGAUUUUCUGAUAAUGUAUAGUUUUUUAAAAAGGCGAAAAUGUGUUUAAAUUUUUGAUGAAGAUAUAUCAAUAUGUAUCGAAUUACUGUAAUAUAAAAUGUGUUUAUAUUAUAUAAAUAGUUUUUUGUGUAAAUUUAAGAUUAGGUUUUUAAAAAAUUUUAAGAAAAAAUGUUGUAAUUCAAGGGCACGAAAAGGGGUCAAUCUAAAGUAUUUCUCUAGCGUUGUAAUUGUCCCUAAAUUAACUUCUUUAGUGACAAGAGUGAUAUAAUUAGUGUUCAUUUAGACUGGGUAAUGUAAGGUCAUGUUUAGAUGGGGAAAAGUAGUUUAGGAGCGUGAAAGGGUGUAGGGUACGCGUAUAAUAUAGAGCAGAUAAACACUUCUCAAAACUUGAUGAUGUUAGAAACGUAAAUAUUGUAAGGGACCUUGCUUACUAUCUGACACACUUCAUCUAAAUCUGGUACUCAAUAAGUAAACAACUCCGGUGAUACAUUGGAUCAUUAAACUCGUGUUCUUUAUUUGAUCUGUCACUUGCUUACACUAUCACUCAUCUUCCAACUCUCACUUCUCCCUGCUCUCCAGAACCUAGUCCGUCCGCCUUCUUCCCUAUUUAUACCCCGUCCCAUAGUUCCUCUCCCAGUCCAGAUUAUACCCCGCCUCCUUUUUCUCAAUUGUCGGUCUAGACGUCCCAGGUAAAUGCCCUGGUCAGAUGGAUGGUCGUGUCUGGGUGUCAGACGGCCGUAAUUGGUCAGGCGUUUGAUCCUUGGGUCCGUCGUGCUCCACAAGCUUGAUCCUUCGGUCAGACGGAUUACGUCAGGCGCCGUCGUGGUCCGGCGCUCGUGCGUGGUCCCACUCUCCACAAGCUUGGGUGGUCAGACGGAUUACGUCAGGCGCGGUCCGACUCUCCACAAGCUUGGGUGGUCAGCGAACUCUCCACAAUAUCAUUACAUUUUAAAAGUUAUGACUUGGGAUGAGUUUUUGCAAUAGCAGUUAGAAAUUAUCGCAAAAGGACCUACCAUUAUUAUCCCGAUUACAUUGGUUCAUUUAUUCUAGUAUAAUUAUAAUUCAUAGUUAUGGAAGAAAUUAUGGUGCAAUGGUGCGCUCACUGGCGCGCCAUAUAACAUUCCCGAUAGCCGCACUAAAAGAAGUGCCUUUGGUGUGUAAUAUUUUCUUGUGUUUUACGAAACAAUUGUCAAGACAUAAGGGGUUGGAACAUUAGAAUGUUAAUAAUAGUUCAGGGUCGUCCCAAUGGGGUGUGUUUUUUGGGAUUCUUAUAAAGUGCACUUUUUUAAAUUCAUGCUUUGUCAAGUAGUUUUAUUAUAUGGGAAGAAUGGGGCCUACUUUGUUGGACAUGCUAUAGUUAGCUUUUUAUAUUGCAAUACAACAAAUCUUUACAUUCUUUGAUUUAUUGAUAUUUUUUUUUACAUUCUACAAACGGUAUGGAAUUAUACCUCCCCAAACUAUCUUCUGCCUGGGUUAUAUCUCACCAAACUAUCAUCUGUAAUGGUUAUAUCUCACCAAACUAUCAUCUGUAAUUGUUAUAUCUCACCAAACUAUCAUCUGUAAUGGUUAUAUCUCACCAAACUAUCAUCUGUAAUGGUUAUAUCUCACCAAACUAUCAUCUGUAAUGGUUAUAUCUCACCAAACUAUCAUCUGUAAUGGAUAUAUCUCACCAAACUAUCAUCUGUAAUGGAUAUAUCUCACCAACCUAUUUUCUGCGUUGGAUAUUUCUAACAAAUCUAUCCUGUACAUGUGAUAUAUAUCACCAACAUGUCGCCUGGCAGAGGAUAAAUUUCACAACCUAUCUUCUUUUCCUUGGGAUAAUUGUCAACGGCAUAUCUUCUGUCUGGGAAUUAUCUCAACAAGCAUCAUUUUUCUCUGUGUUUAUAUCUCACCAGCAUAUCAUCUGGCUGGGAUAAAUCUCACAAACGAACUUUUUCCUGCAGAUAUCUCAGCAAACUGUCAUCUGCCAGAGAUAUAUCUCCCCAAAUAAUUAUCUGUCUGUAUUUAAAUUUCACUAACCUAUCAUCUCUCUGGGUAUAUAUCUCACAAAACUAUCACAUAGUGAUUAUUCUCCUUUUAUUUUCAGCGGGAUAUCUUAGAACAGUCUGUCUAUGGGUACAGCAUUGACCAGCCUGUCUAUGGAAACAUCUCUGACCCCUCUGACUUAAGGAACAUUUCUGACUAGUCUGUCUAUGGGAACAUCACUGUCUAGUCUGUCUAUGGGAACAUUUCUGACCAGUCUGUCGAUGUGAACAUUUCUGACCAGUCUGUCUAUGGGAACAUAUCUGACCAAUCUGUCUAUGGGAACAUUUCUGACCAGUCUGUCGAUGGGAACAUCACUGACUAGUCUGUCUAUGGGAACAUUUCUGACCAGUUUGUCUAUGGGAAACAUCACAGACCAAUCUGUCUCUAGGAACAUCUCUCUUCGUGAACAUUUAGCUCCAUCAUUAACGCUACGUAUUAUUUAUGUCACAGCCUUGGCCCUUGGUGGAGCCAAAGAUCGGAAAUUACUCCACAGCGCCCUGUUUGACAACUACACGACGUCGGUGAGACCAUGUCUAGAUUACAGCCGUCCAACGAAUGUAACUGCCAAGCUGAACGUGGGCACCAUUAUGGGACUUGUAAGUAAAUAUCAUUUGGGCGAGUGUGCGGGGGAAACAUACGAGCGAUGGGAGAAUUAAUGAAGUGUGCAAAUAUUUGAUUGUUCGACAUAUAUAAAUAGAAGUAUCAAAUGCACGUAGAAAAGUGAUCACGAUUUUCCAAUUUAGAGGUUCUAUAGUAGAAAAUCCCACUACAAUGAAUUAGGAAGUGACGAACUUUGUUAAGUGCUAUCGCUUAACGUAUUACAAAAAUAUGAAUGAUAAUUUUUUUUUGUUUACGAUUUUACUAUAAACUGCACAUGUAAAUGACUAAAUCUCUGGUUUGUGGUGAAAUGAUUCUGCAUUAGAAUUCCAUGCAUACCUGUGUCACUGUGGACAGCAUACCUGUGUCACUGUGGACAGCAUACCUGUGUCACUGUGGACAGCAUACCUGUGUCACUGUGGACAGCAUACCUGUGUCACUGUGGACAGCAUACCUGUGUCACUGUGGACAGCAUACCUGUGUCACUGUGGACAGCAUACCUGUGUCACUGUGGACAGCAUACCUGUGUCACUGUGGACAGCAUACCUGUGUCACUGUGGACAGCAUACCUGUGUCACUGUGGACAGCAUACCUGUGUCACUGUGGAACAUUAUUUCGAUCUAACAAAACUAGAUGGAUUUUUUUAGUUUUUCUGUUUACUGUUGUCUGCUGAAAUGGGUGUUUAGCCGGUAUCGUCCCUUUAAUUUUUCUUUGUUUUUCCCUAUAAAUCUAUAAAUCUAACUUAACAUAUCCUAUUCCUCUGUAUGUAUUUUUUUAAAUUUAAUUAAUUAAGCUAUUGCAUUGCAGUGCCAAUUUUGGAAUCAGUAGCGAGGAAUCUGAGGCAUAACUUCCGUUUUAACGGAGAACGUUUGUUAACAGUGCAGCCGUAGGUAGAAAACCAAUAACCUCCAUUUUUAAUUUCUUUAUAUCAACGUCUCUUUAGCGUGCUUAUGGAAGAGUCUACGGACGGCUAAUUGACCCACUUUCCGUCAGCAAAUCGAGCUGAAACUAGGCACGUAGACGCGUUGCCAAUGAAACAAAUUCGUUCAAAUUUUUCAGCCCCACUCCCUCCACCCCAAACCCUACCCCCGAAAAUAAGUUUUUCUUUUUCUUUAAGGGGACGAUAGGGGAGCCUAAAACCAGGAGCCAAAAAAAAAUAAAUAAAUUGGUUUCGGGUCCUCAAAUAUGAAACAGAUAUAAAUGAGAUUAUUUAAAAUAUCUCGCAAGUGCCUUUUGGUGCGUACUAAGCUCUGUUUUUUCCCCUGCAGCAGUUGUUGAAAUAAAACUGCUGUGUAAAAACUGGUGGGUCAUUAGAAGAGUUAUAUACAAUAAAAUCAUUUUAAAAAAUGCAUGUAAAAGAAUUCGAACAAUUUCUUUUUAGUUUUUGUAUCUGUUUUUUUUUUUUUUGGUCUUGAUGAAACUUUGUAUUUAGGUUUUUUUUAAUUAUGGUCUUAUUUAAUACAGAACGAUGUCUCCAACAAAUCUAGUUUUCCUCUUAUUGUUGGACAUCGACGUAUUUGAAGCAGAUUUAUAAAAAUCACUUUAGUAGUAAACACUGGAGAAACACGCACGUGAUGAACACAGGUCAACUGUUGGCUUUUCUCUUACCCCCGCUUUUCAACAUAUUUUUAAUGUUUAGUUCUCGUAACGGGAUGUGCUGUGUCCUCACAAUGAUAGUCUAGUCAUGUGACUCAAGAGUUGAAAUGUUAAUAACAGGUCUCUCUGGGUUGUUAGCAUGGGGCAAGAUACACAUAAAGGCUACUAUCUUGUAAGAUACACAUAAAUGCUACCACCUUGCAAGAUACACAUAAAGGCUACCACCUUGCAAGAUACCCAUAAAGGCUACCACCUUGCAAGAUACACAUAAAGGCUACCACCUUGCAAGAUACCCAUAAAGGCUACCACCUUGCAAGAUACACAUAAAGGCUACCACCUUGCAAGAUACCCAUAAAGGCUACCACCUUGCAAGAUACACAUAAAGGCUACCACCUUGCAAGAUACCCAUAAAGGCUACCACCUUGCAAGAUACACAUAAAGGCUACCACCUUGCAAGAUACCCAUAAAGGCUACCACCUUGCAAGAUACACAUAAAGGCUACCACCUUGCAAGAUACCCAUAAAGGCUACCACCUUGCAAGAUACACAUAAAGGCUACCACCUUGCAAGAUACCCAUAAAGGCUACCACCUUGCAAGAUACACAUAAAGGCUACCACCUUGCAAGAUACCCAUAAAGGCUACCACCUUGCAAGAUACACAUAAAGGCUACCACCUUGCAAGAUACCCAUAAAGGCUACCACCUUGCAAGAUACACAUAAAGGCUACCACCUUGCAAGAUACCCAUAAAGGCUACCACCUUGCAAGAUACACAUAAAGGCUACCACCUUGCAAGAUACCCAUAAAGGCUACCACCUUGCAAGAUACACAUAAAGGCUACCACCUUGCAAGAUACCCAUAAAGGCUACCACCUUGCAAGAUACCCAUAAAGGCUACCACCUUGCAAGAUACCCAUAAAGGCUACCACCUUGCAAGAUACCCAUAAAGGCUACCAACUUGCAAGAUACCCGUAAAGGCUACCACCUUGCAAGAUACCCAUAAAGGCUACCACCUUGCAAGAUACACAGCAGGCUACUACCUUGCAAGAUCCACAUAAAGGCUACCACCUUGCAAGAUCCACAUAAAGGCUACCACCUUGCAAGAUACCCAUAAAGGCUACCACCGUGCAAGAUCCACAUAAAGGCUACCACCUUGCAAGAUACCCAUAAUGGCUACCACCUUGCCAAUAGAAGAAAUACUAAGCUGUCGGAGACCAAACGUGUGUUCAUUUGUUUUGCUACAGACUUGACUUAAGAUUUUCAAGUACUAGUUUUCUUUGUUUCAUGGCCUUAUUCGGCAUAGUAUGCAAUUAAUUUAAAUUACACAUGUAUUUAGACAUAAUGCCAUACUUAAGUUUCUCUCUAUUCGUAACAGAUUAUUCAAUUAUAUUCAAUCAUACAAUAAAUUUAAUUUAAUGAUUGUAAUGAAACUCGAAUAUAUUAUUUGCAUUUACAGGAUAUAAAGAAUCAGGUCUUGUCUAUCAAUGGAUUCAUUUCAUUUGUAAGUAUUAAGUGCAAUGUGAAGCUUAAAACAUUUGAAAUCUACUAGUGACAAUGCAACAAUCAUGAUUUUUAUGUAUAGCUGGUUUUGAGUGGGGGGGUGUAUUGAUUGACAAAGACAUUUCUUUUUAAUACUUAUAAACCCGUUACUUGAACACUUCAAACGGCGAGACAAACUCACUUGAGCGUGGGAGGAGAUGUUAAGGUUGGGAAUGUCUGGGACGUUCAAACAAUGACGUCACCCAGCAUGUCUGUGAUCGAUGUCAUAAAAUAGUUUACAUUUGUAAGUGUUUGUGUUUGAGGGUAGAGAAGUUCAUGGUUACGACAACGCAAGACUUUGACGUCACCUUCUUGUUGUGUUUUGUCUCCUUGGGAAACAAAGCGAUGGCUUGCACAUAGAAUUCUCAAAUUUUUUUGUCCUGACUUCUUACAAUAGCUUUGACCAAUCCACACAAUGUUCAAUCCACACAAUGUUUAAUCCACACAAUUUCCAUGUUAAACAAUGCCCCAUCCACACAAUUUCCAAUCUUUACAACAGCCUAGUUCAUAAAAUGAUCGGAUUCUUAUGGUCCAAUUCAUUCAAUGGCCCUAUUGGAAAAGUGGUCCAAUUAAUAAAAUGCCCUGUUCGUACAAGGGUCCUUUAAUACAAUGCCCAUAACACUAGCUCUUUAAAAUAUCAUUUGAAUUCCAUGAGUCCACUUUAGUUUUCGUUUUUGCAGUUAUCCACUAGAAACGUAAUAGAAAUAAAUGGAAACAAAAAUAAAUUAAUAACGAUUAAAAGAUGUUUGCUUUCAACUACCAUGUCAUUUCCUAUAUUUUCUGAAUGUGUUUAGUUUACAUUUGUACAAGAAAGAAAAUGUAUACAAUAACAAACUCAAUUUUUGAAACGUGCCUUAAAUUUUACUUUAUCGUAAAAUGACACUUUUUGGAUGAAGUAAAAUGAGACUUUUAGAUGACGUAAAAUGACACUUUUUGAAUGACGUAAAAAUACACUUUUGAAUGACGUAAAAAUACACUUUUGGGUGGCGUAAAAUGACACUUUUUGGAUGACGUAAAAUGUCACUUUUCGGAUGACGUAAAAUGACACUCUUUGAAUGAACGCUUAACAAAAGUCUAGGCUAAGUCAGGAGUUGUUUGUUUUUAAAUUGCUUACCAAAAACUAACAUGAGACCCUUCAACAAUGAAAUUGACGCCUUGCUCUAUGAAAUGUGUCUAGCAGAGCAGUAGUGUCUGGCCAAUUGAACCAAUAGAUGCACCUAUUGCAUGUGUCCAGCUGAAGUGUCUGGUGGAUAUGGCUCCGGCUAUUAACUUGACACGUUUAACAAACUUGGACACAAAGACACAACCGCCUGCUUGCAAAAAAAACAAAAACAAAAAAAAACACUUGAACAAAUCCGAGCUUAUCAAACCUUUCAUCGAUGAAACCAUUACCUUUUUUAAAUAUUUGUUUUCUACUUUUUAUGAAACUAUUCAAACUGCCCUCUGUAUAGUGUGACUCAAAGUAAAAUCCCAAUGCAACUGCACCUCGUUGAGUUUCGUCCAUUUUUGAUCUGUCAAAGAACAAGAAUCCUAUCAGGCAACCAUCUCAGCAAUACACAUAAGUAGAUCAAGCAUCUUCUAUUUCUUACAUGUGAUUGAGUUGUGGUAUGUGACCACAUAUUAGGUUGAGUCUAAUGUACAUGGGAUUGGUUUGUGGUAUCUGACCACAUACUAGGUUGUGACAUCUGUACAUGUCAUUGGGUUGUUGUAUCUGACCACAAAUUAGGUUGUGACGUCUGUACGUGUCAUUGGUUUGUUGAAUCUGAACACAUUUAGGUUGUAUAAUAUGUACAUGUGAAUGGGUUGUUGUAUCUGACAACUUAUUAGGUUUUGAAAUCUGUACGAGUCAUUGGGUUGUGGAAUGUGAACACAUAUUAGUUUGUUACAUCUGUACAUCUGAUUGGGUUGUGGUAUCUGACCACAUAUUAGUCUGUGACAUCUGUACAUGUCAUUUGGGUUGUUGUAUUUGACUAAGUAUUAGUUUAUGACAUAUGUACAUGUAAUUGGGUUGUGGUAUCUGACCACAUAUUAUGUUGUGACAUCUGCACAUCAGAUUGGUUUAUGUUAUCUGACCACAUAUUAAUUUGUGACAUAUGUAAGUGUGAUUGGGUUGUGGAAUCUGAGCCCAUAUUUUGUUGUUACAUCUGUAUAUAUUAUUGGGUUGUAGUAUCUGACCACAUAUUAGUUUGUGACAAUCUGUACGUGUGAUUUGGUUGUGGAAUCUGAACACACAUUAGGUUGUUACAUCUGUACAUGUGAUUGGGUUGUUGUAAUUCUAUAUAAAAGUGGGUUGUGAUAUUUACUUACUUAAAUUGUUCAUUGAUUCAACUUGCUCUAAUUUCUGUUACUGACACUCUCAUGCCCCCAGCCUAUACCAUGGCGACCUCUUAGAAGCAAAGAUAAAAAUGUUUUGUUGAUUUAUUUCAAAGCAUCGCAGCACUGUGCUAUAUUUGUUUAUGGGGGGAAUUAAACACCCGCUAAUGAUUGUGUUUUUUCCUACUCUCUUUCUCUUCUUGUUUGUUAGCAUCGAUUCCACCCAGAUCACAAGUAAUCGGUUAUUGAAAUUUGCGUUACUCCGAGCCCAAUUACUCCUACCGAUUACAAUCAUUGCACUAAGGACAUGUACAAUAUUAUCGAUAUUUUUUUUCUUUUUUUUACAUUUUAAAACAUUACAUUUUGAAAAUAUUGAAAGCUAAAUAUAUUUGGAAAAUAAAUCCAAUACAACAGGCUGCAAAAUUGUACCUUCACUAGAUAUAGCUCGCCAGACAUAUGCGACAGCAAUGUGUGAACUUCCAAUCUACUAAAGUUCCUUGACAAAACAAGUAACGCACACUUAAGAUUUCGAAUUUUUGUUACACCCCUUCCCUCCAUGUUACGUCACUGCACACUUUUUAUUUUACGCCUAUGAACUAUAUUAAUAUUCUGAUGUCCCAACCACUUUCAAAAUGAAUAUUUAUCACACCAGAGUUAAACUGAGAUGACUUCACUUUCCGAAAAGAAGGCAUUACCCACGAAACGUUGACAAAUGAUAUUUUGCGCGCUAUCCGGAAAUGGAAGCAGUAACACCACAAGAACAAUAUAUAUAAGAUCAAAAAUAAGAGAGAGAGAGAGAGAGAGAGAGAGAGAGAGAUUUAUAGGGGACUGCGUUCAAGCCAUGUGAAGUAAAUGAAUAAAAGAACAAAACAUGUUAGGGCUUGAGAAAAAGACACGAGAACUGAACUGAAGUUUCGCGCAGGGCUGGACUUCGAUUUGCUGAGGCCCUAUGCCACACGACAUUCACAGGUUUCCAUACCGUUUUGAUCGAUAUCAGCUGGCCCAAGAACAAUUUAAAAUAAAUAGUCUUUUAAAUAAACGGUAAUAACAGGUAUCUGUAGCAAAAUCUGGCUUACAGGAGAAUGGCCCAAACCAUGGACCCAAUCGCUGUCACCCUCCCCAAAAAAAGGAAACCUACAGCUAUGCCAAAACUAUCGCACAAUUAGCCUAAUAAGCCAUCCAAGCAAGGUCAUGCUGAAGGUCAUAUUGAACCGACUAAAACCAUAUGCCGACAGAAUCAAUGCAAAAGAACAGGCGGGCUUCAGACAAGGACAGGGCACUACUGAACAGAUUCUAAACCUCCGAAUACUAUGUGAGAAAUAUGCUCAACACCAACAAAACCUAUACCACGUCUUUGUUGACUUCAAGAAAGCAUUUGACAGGGUUUGGCAUGCUGCUUUAUGGGCCACAACGAGGCACUACAACAUCAACACAAACCUAAACAGCAUGAUAUGCAACCUCUAUGGUAAGGCCACCAGUGCAGUCUUCCUCAACAACAACAUGGGAGAAUGGUUCAAGACCACGGUUGGAGUACGACAAGGCUGCCUGCUCUCCCCCACCCUAUUCAACAUCUUCCUAGAGAGAAUUAUGUCAGAUGCUCUGGAAGCGCAUGAAUGAACAGUCAGCAUUGGUGGCAGAAAAAUCACCAACCUACGCUUUGCGGACGACAUAGACGUGCUGGCUGGGAACGAAGAAGAGCUACCGACCUGGUAAAGCGUCUCGAUAAGACCUCGUCGUCCUACGGCAUGCUAAUCAGUGCCGAAAAGACAAAAUAAUAUCGCAGGCAUCACCACUGAAAUUAAGGUCGGGGAGGAAAAACUAGAGACUGUCGGACACUUCAAAUACCUAGGAGCAAUAGUUUCAGAAGAAGGCUCCAAGCCCGAACUGAUGUCCAGGAUUGCGCAGACUACAACAGCACUAAAGAAGCUCAAGAAAAUAUGGGAUGACAAAAUAUAGCCCCCAGCACCAAAAUCAGGCUGAUGCGCUCAUUAGUCCCCUUCAUUUUCCUGUAUGCCUGCGAAUCCUGGACAUUAACAGCAGAUCUUGAAAGGAAAAUAAAAGGCGAUGUAGAUGAGAGGCUUCAGAAGCAUUUUUGGCAUCUGUCAUAGGGACCAUGUCUCCAAUGAUACAGUGAAAGAAAGGGUUCGUCAGGCAAUUGGGGAGUACGUUGACCUACUGGUGACUGUGAAGAAAACGCAAACUACAAUGGUACGGCCACGUAACCAGGAAACAAAGGCUUGCCAAAGAAAUAUUGCAGGGCACCACAAGAGGAGGCAGAAGAAGAGGAAGACAAAGAAAAAGAUGGGAGGAUAACAUUAAAGACUGGACAGGACUAACACUGGGCGAUGCAGUGCGUAGUGCUGAAGACAGAGAGGAAUGGAGGAGGAUGUUUCACAUGUCAUCUGUGGCGCUCCAACGGUCCAAGGACUAAGGGCAAGAGGAUGAGGAUGACAGGUAACAGAAAAUUGAUCAAACAUUUAAAAAAUUGGAAAAAGAUACUUAAAAGAUACUUUUGAGGGCCCGACAGUUCGUUAGGCCCCGACAGUUUGUGUGGCCCCGGAAGUUUGUGUGGCCCCGGCAGCUUAUGUGGCCCCUGCAGUUUGUUUGGCCCCGGCAGUUUGUGUGGCCCCGGCAGCUUAUGUGGCCGUGGCAGUUUGUGUGGCCCCGUCAGUUUAUUUGGCCCCGGCAGCUUAUGUGACCCCGCAGUUUGUGUGGCCCCGGCAGCUUAUGUGGCCCAGGCAGUUUGUGUGGCCCCGGCAGUUUGUGUGGCCCCGGCAGCUUAUGUGGCCGUGGCAGUUUGUGUGGCCCCGUCAGUUUGUUUGGCCCCGGCAGUUUGUGUGGCCCCGGCAGCUUAUGUGGCCGUGGCAGUUUGUGUGGCCCCGUCAGUUUAUUUGGCCCCGGCAGUUUGUGUGGCCGUGGCAGUUUAUGUGGCCCCGGCAGUUUAUGUGGCCCCGGCAGUUUGUGUGACCUGGCAGUUUGUUUGGCCCUGGCAUUUUGUGUGGCCCCGGCAGUUUGUGUGGCCCCGGCAGUUUGUGUGGCCCUAAGCUAUUGUUAAAUUAGCUUAUACGCUAAUCCCGCUCUGUUCUCACCCCACGCUUUGAAGUCAUAUGUUUGUAUUAACUCUAAACUUUUGGGGGCCAUUUAAUUUAUAUACUUUUUUGAAAAGAUUUUUGUGUCUUAUGUUUUGUGUGAGGUUUCCUAAUUUUUUUAAUUUUUUUAAAAGUAAAUUUAUAUAUUUCUCUACUAUAUCCAUAAUUUUAAAUUCUAGUAGUAAGGAACCUGAUUUUCAUCCAAAAAAACUAUUUCCAAGGCUUAGAUAGCUUGCCGUUUAAGUCGAUGCUUGGUAACAGUUAUAUUUAUUUCCUUUAACAUUGUGUAAUUUUGUAUUUAUUUAGAUACAUUGUCAAGAAUCUAUUAAAAGUACUAGUCAGUCAUGAACACUCCAUCAUCUAUAAAAUCCUUUCAUUUAGAAAUGGAUCGACGAACUUCUGACGUGGAACCCAGACGACUAUGGAGGUAUCAAAGACAUGGUGGUGCCCCAGACUAUCAUCUGGAAACCAGACAUGGCUGUUUAUAACUCGUGAGUCUCAUUGAGUCCUCGCCAUUGGUGCCAAAUUCUUGGGUUAGGUCAAGGGUUGUAUCCCACGUUAGAUGUAUAUACACCCCUUUCUGGGUGAACCAGAACAAGUUUAGUUUGUACUCUGGUUUUAUGGCCCUUACUUUGUGCUGCUUGCAUUGUGCCUAGUGUUUUUUUUUCAGACUAUUUCCUCCGGCAUGGAAGGGGAGCAUCUUUUCAGAUUUACGGGGGUGGGGGCCACUACCAGUGGCCAAAUGUGUGUUAGAUAAGACAGACUUCCGUGCGGAAGACACCAAAUUGGGCUUGGGAGGUAUUUAAAGGUUAAAACAGUGGGUUUUAGAAUUGAGUGGGUGUGGGUGUUAAAAACUGAAUCUUGUCCGCUGAGCCAAAUACCCCCCCUGCCAGUGGCGUGGAAGGGAAGCGGAUGGCUCGGUGCAUCCAGUGUCACUUGUUCAUUAUAUGGAGUUGUGGCAUUUUUAGGACAACCGCAGAUUUGUAUCUUGAAAAGGAGGGGGGCAAAAAUCCUUGGUCGCCCACAGCGACACUAACACUAGCUACGCCACUAGGUAGUGUAUCUAUCGGCACCAAAAUUGCCAAUCAUUUUCAUCUGAAACUAGGGCCGAAAUCAAAGGGUGCAGAUUUAUCUUAAGCGGGGUGGGGGGGGGGUUGGGAGGAAUUUCCCCAGAAAAUUUUGAAAUAUUUCAAAAUCAAGAGUUGCAUUUUGAUGUAUAUUUGAAUUCAAUGUUUCUGUUUGAAUCUUUGGUCGGAGGUAGGAAAUGUUUAAAGGGUCCGGGGGAGACAUUAUGGCGCCAGUUCCAUAUGUACACUGAAUUCACUCCGGUUGUGGCGAGCCCCAUGGGUAUUCAUUUGGUACAGGCUUAUAUCCAACCCCAUAAUGUGACAUUGAUUAUCAUGAGGGAAAGGGUCGCAGAAAUCGAGGGUUCUGAAGACAGUCGGGCAAUUCAAAAUUCAGGAGCAUAUUUUGAGGCAUACUUGAAUUCGUUUGUUUCUUUCAGACAAUUUUUGAGGGGGCUUUUCAAACUAACUUUUUUUUUAAAUGUAUGUGUCGCUUAAUCAUAGAACCAUCGUGUGAACCCAGCAACGUAAAGGACAGCAGGUGGGUUUCUGAUAUUUUACGGGCACAUAUCAGCGAUCUGGACGCUUUUUUAGUUAUGAUCUUUUGAUGCAAGGUGGGGGAGGUCAAAAGAAAAAGUGGCAGGCGGGCUUCGAGAGAUCAAGCGAUGGCUCUGUGUUGUGCAAAAAGAAGUAUUAUAGUACUGAAUAGUAAUGCAGCUAUUAUUUUUAAUUUAAACUAUUUUGGGAGUUAACUGCUAAGUCAAUCAAGGAAUUUUCAAACACCAAAAAAGCUUUCCGUCACAAAAAACACUGCUAACAAUGUUUGACAAGUUGAACCCAUAAAGAAAAUAAACAACAACAAUAACUCACUUAUAGUAAUCACAUUUUCUAAAUACUUCCACGUUUUACCAGAGGCAUAAAGAAAGAAAAAAACUAUUAAGUAUGAAGUUCUUUCCAUUUUUAUUGGUUUCAAAAAAAGUGUUCAUUUUAAUUAUGUUCAGAAAACAUGAGUUGUUUAAAAAAGAAAUUAUACAGUUUAAUGUGUCUUUUAUCAGGGGGGGGGGGGAAUUCUUUUACAACUAAAGUUUACAUUUCCCAAUCUUCAGCUGACUAAACAAAAAAACAACAACAAAAUCGGAAUGUUAAAAAACUAUAACUUUCUUUAGAUAAAUUUAAAAGUUUGACUCUUCGAUAUACCAUAAAACAAUUUUUUAUCGAAUUCACAUAAUUAGUUUAAAAUGAUCAUUUAGGAUUUUUUUUUCCUUAAGCUGGUGUCCAAAAAAAAUAAUUUAAUGAAAAUGAUAAUCCGGCCACUAGUUAAAAAUAUUUUUUAUUUUAAUUUUUUUUAUAGCUUUCUACUAGUUUAUCAUCUAGGGGGGGGGGGGCGAAUCGUGCAAAUAGAUGGGGCAGUUUCUUUAUUAUUCUGAUAAUAAUAAUACAGAAAAGCUUUUGGGAAUUUGCGAAACCGUGUCACAAAAGUAAUACAUUAAAGGAAACAUAAACACUUCCGAUCUAAUAAUAAUUGAUGACAUGUGCACUGAUGGUAUGCACCCGUUAUAUUCUUAAUUAAAAUAUUAUAUAUAUAAUUUUUUUUUUAAGUUUUCAUACAGUAAAUCGAGUACAUUUAAAGUAUUCUAAUAAUUAUAGUUUUGUUGUCUACUUUUUUUUCGGGGGUGGGGCAAUUGACAUUUCCGGGGGGGGGGGGCUAUUGCCCCCCUUCCGAGAGAUGCCUGAAAGAAACACUAAUGUGCCGCUUAAGAAACUAAUGUAGAAACAAAAGUACAUUGGAUCAGUGUGAGACUAAGGGGGAGAUUUAUGAAGCACCAAAUGUUGUCCCUUUUGAUUGUCUACCAUACCAUUACAUGUGUCCUGUACAGAAAUGUACAUAUCUUCAUGUCCAAACCUGUUCCUGUACAUUUGUACAUAUAACUGUACUAACAUGUGUCGUGUACAUUUUUACUUUCUGUAUGUUAACAUGGCUGUAAUAAUAUAACCCAAAUGGAACCAGCCAUGCAAAUCAAUGCGUAUUGAAUGAAGCAAAAUGUAAGAUAAAGUGUAAUUUCUUCUUCUUCUUCUUCUAUAUCUUAAGGCCCCACGAUCAAUUUAUUGAUCAUUUUGGCUCCUAUGCAUGUAGAUGGGAUUUGCAAUGUUUCUGUUACUGGUGUUGAUGAGGAAAUCAUGCACUAGGGGUUUGAAGGCUUGAGUUGCAUUUUGAAUUAUAUUUAAAUACUACAGUAUUGAGAUGAAAUGUAUUAUAUAAUCAUCCUAUUGAGCAUUCAUUAGCCUGAAAACAUAUUUAUAUUUUGGACGUGAUUUAUUCCGUUACAUAGUCUAGAAGACGAUAUCUAUCUGGGAGGAGAGAAUCUUCUGGCAGACGUCAACUUCAAAGGCGAAGUCAGAUGGGAGCCGGGCAUAAAUCUGGAUGCGACAUGUCAGGUCAGUUCUGGUCAGUCUCCUGUAAUUAUGUCAUUAUUAUUAAUAUUACAGUGGUCUUUUGCAGCAUGGUACCACAGCCUAGGUCUAGGCUCACUAAUAUUGCGUUGUAUCACAGCCUAGGGCUAGGCUCACUUAUAUAGCAUGUUACCACAGCCUAGGGCUAGGCUCACAUAUAGCGCGGCACAACACCCUAGAUCUAGGCUCACUAAUAUAGCGUAGUACCACAGCCUAGGGCUAGGCUCACUUAUAUAGCAUGUUACCACAGCCUAUGGUUAGGCUCACAUAUAGCGCGGCACUACAUCCUAGGUCUAGGCUCACUAAUAUAGCUCGGUAUCAUAGCAUAGGGCGAAGCUCACUUAUAUAGCGCGGUACCACAGUCUAGGGCAGGUUUCGGGAACCUAUGGCUCGCGAGCCAGAUGUGGCUCUAUUGAUGACUGCAUCUGGCUCGCGGUCAAAUGUUCGAUUUAAAAAAAAAAGGUUUCUUUAGACUCCUUUGAUUAGCAACAGCAUAACAAUGUUAUUAAAAAGAAUUCAGAGACAUAAUUAUUGCAUUUUUAGUGUUGAAAUUUUACAAAAUGCUCACAUUUACUUGAAUUUUUAGUUUUAAACACAAUGUACGGCUCUUACAGAAAUACUUUUAAAAAUAUGUGGUGCCCAUGGUUCUCUCAGACAAAAGUUUCCCGACCCCUGGUCUAGGGCUAAGCUUAAUUAUAUAGCGCGGUAAUUCAGCCUAGGGCUAGGCCCACUUAUAUAGCGAGGUACCACAGCCUAGGUAACAGGGCUGGGCUUAAAGCGCUUCAUAUAAAAAUAUAGGAAAGAAUAAACAUGACAUUAAACCAGUUACAUACAUUUAUUGAAUUAAAAUCAGCUCUGUUAAAAAUAUACUCCCUCCCCCCUUUUUUUUUGAGCUAUUCAUAUGUCACGUCAUGGAUGGCACCCAACAGCAUCGUUUAUCGGUCAGAAGGGGAUGGGAAUCAGUCGGAAUAGUAUAAUUUUAAUGAAUGUGUCUUGAGUGCAGUUUUGAAGUCAUGGAUGGUCGGUAUAUUGCGACUGUGUAGUGGGAGAGAAUUCCAUUGUUUGGGGGCGCAGGCAGAGAAGGAUCGUUUUACCGUAUGUUUCAGUGCGUGUCAAUACAGCCUCCUCUAAUUAUGUGAUUCAUCUCCAAAUUGAUUGCGGAAAUACAUUAUGAUCUUCUGAGAGAUUGCAGACAUCAAAUCAAAGAGCCACGUACCUAGAAAGUGAAGUAAACUAUUUGUUAUAGAAAGUUUCGAUUAAAGUCUAAACUUAGUUCCUUGAAUUCAAAAUUCAAUUUGAUUCCAACCGUAGCAUGUGUGGGCCAACGCUUUUGGUUGAAGUAAGACGUAGUAUGGCGCUCUAUUGUCACCUUAACGUACUUGUUGAUUCAUAGUGAAUCUUUUUAUUUAAUUUUAUUUUCAAUAUGUAAAGCACACCUCCCCUACUGGUGUGCCACGGCAAUCUUGUGUGCCACGGCAAUCUUGUGUGCCGCGAGUUAUCGCCACAUGUGCGCCACGCAAAAUGCCUCCAAGAUGAAGAAAAAAAGGUACGGACAAUAACAUAUAGGAUCUUGUAUAUGAUACAACCGUGGUGAUACACAGGGGUUAUUUGUUAGCCUUUAACCAAGCUGUCAAGCAUUGCGAUAAAAGAUAAUGUGGGGAUGGGUGGAGUUAGCAAAGAAUGAUUCAAUGCCAUCUGCUACAUUUUAGUAUCAAACGACUUAUAAUCAUUCUUUUUUACUACAAAGCGUGCCUGUUUUUACUUGCUGAUUUCUGAUGCAAAGCACAUGAGACUUUUAGUCUAAUUAAAAAACAACUCAUUUAGUUUCCGUUACAUCGUAUCUCUAGUUUUACCAUUUCCAAAAACAACAUAACUAUUUAAUUCACUCUGAAACAAUUGUAAUAACUGGCAUCCGUCCGUCACAAUGUGACGAUGGUGAAGACCACGCAGGAUGAAAUCCACAAGGCCCGGGAUUAUUCUUCUAGGAUUAUAAGCUGGUUCCCAACAGCAAAUCGCCUCCCUCCAUGCUGUAUAACCCAAGAGAACAUCAUGUCGAUGAUGCAGCUUGGCACCAGUGGCGUCGCAGGGGUUGUUGGAAUUUUUUAUUGUACCAAUGUUAUCCGCCUACGGGACUCCAUCUUCGGGUUUGAAUUAAGAGUUUCCUUCUCCUAGAGGAGUUGCUAUCCAAGGUAAACGAGUCCCAUCCACCCGGGGUGCUGGAGAUGUUUUUUGCUUGACUAGGCUUAUGCUGGAAUUGAGCUUCAGACCACCAACUUCAGAUUUCCUCAGUUUAGACCAUUCGGCCACCAUAACCAAUAUACAAUAUAAUAUACAAUAUGAUAUACGAUAUGAUAUGUAAUUUGAUUUAUAAUAUGAUAUUAAAUAUAAUAUACAAUGUGCUAUACAAUGUGAUAUACACUAAUGAUUCUUACUUAUUUUAUUUUUAAAAACUAAUAUAACAAAAAAAAAUAACAUACUGUAAAAUUCUUCAGGUUGAUAUCUCCCAAUAUCCCUUUGAUGUAAAUGUCUGCCGGCUGGAAGUGACGUCAUGGAUGAAUGAUAACUCGUCUGUUGUAGUAAGUUAAAUGUGUUAUACUAGCUUAGUUGUACUAUGUUGCAACAUUUUAGUUGUAUUAUGUCAUAUAACAAUUUUGCUGUGUCAUGUUUUAUCAGCGUAUUUGGAGCCAUAGCCUGGUCACAGGGGGGCGCUGCCUCGUCAAGGGGGCGCCGCUUCAUUAUGGGGUCGCUGCCUCGACACAGGGUGGGGGCACUGCCUCGUCACAGAGGUGCGCUGCCUCAUUACAGGGGCGUCGCUUCUUUAUCAUAGGGUCGCCGUGAAGUGAUAAAAGAAUUAAAUAAUUUUGUAUUGAGUCGACUUCUAGCCGACUUGGUGCCGAUCAGUGACCUACUUAGUAAUUAGGGAGGCAUUUUGCAGAAAUCUUUCAAAAAUGGUUGAAAUGCUGUUUUACGAUAGCUUAAGCAGGUUUUGACUGCUGGGGUGGGGUGGCGUGAAAAUUCUAAAACAGAACUACGCGCAAAAAAAUAACAGUUUAACAAAUAAAAUUGAUUAUGAUUAUUUAUGUAUGAUUAUAUGGGUUUACUUUUGGUACUUGAAACAUCAUAACACCAAACAUAGAAAAAAAUUUGAUAACUUUUAAAAAUAAAAUGGGACUAUCAUUUUAACUGAAAAAAUUAAGGGAGGAGGUGAGAAAUGGGGCGAAAAUAGGAAGGGAGCCCUUCUCAAGAAUUUGUUCUUUAUAAAUUCAGUAUGCAACGAUGUAUUUUGACGCAUAUCGGAAAUCGGAACUUUAUGUUGUAUAUUUCACAAUCGAAGCGAAAUAGUGGAGAUGCUAGAGGAAAUGUAUGUUGCCUGAUCUGAAUCUCAUUAUACAAAUACUUUAUUAUAACUAUUUUUAUUUAAAAUAUAUGAUGUUUAAAAGACUUCAAAAAUAAAUGGGGACGCUCAAGCAGUUGAAAAACCAAGUCCCAGUUACAAAGAUGCCCAGUUGAUCUUGGCGUUAUGUAAACUUCAACAGGCAGCUGCUAUCUCUGUCACAUAUUUCCAUGCAAUAGCCAGCUGUUGUCACUGUCACACUUUCAAUGCAAUAGCCAGCUUUUGUCACGGUCUCACAUUUCAAUGCAAUAGCCAGCUGUUGUCACUGUCACAUGUUUCCAUGCAAUAGCCAGCUGUUGUCACUGUCACAUAUUUCCAUGCAAUAGCCAGCUGUUGUCACUGUCACAUAUUUCCAUGCAAUAGCCAGCUGCUGUCCCUUUCACAUAUUUCCAUGCAAUAGCCAGCUGUUAUCACUCUCUUAUAGUUCCAUGCAAUAGCCAGUUGUUGUCACUGUCACAAAUUCCAUACAAAAGCCAGUUGCUGUCACUGUCACAUAUUUCCAUGCAAUAGCCAGCUGUUGUCACUGUCACACAUUUCCAUGCAAUAACCAGCUGUUGUGACUGUCAAAAAUGUCCAUGCAAUAGCCAGCUGUUGUCACUGUCACACAUUUCCAUGCAAUAACCAGCUGUUGUCACUGUGAAAAAUUUCCAUGCAAUAGCCAGCUGUUGUAACUGUCACAAAUUCCAUGCAAAAGACAGUUGCUGUCACUGUCACAUAUUCCCAUGCAAUAGCCAGCUGUUGUCACUGUCACACAUUUCCAUGCAAUAACCAGCUGUUGUCACUGUCAAAAAUUUCCAUGCAAUAGCCAGCUGUUUUCACUGUCACAAAUUCCAUGCAAAAGCCAGCUGUUUUCACUGUCACAAAUUCCAUGCAAAAGCCAGUUGCUGUCACUGUCACAGGUUUCCAUGCAAUAGCCAGCUGUUGUCAAUGUCACACAUUUCCAUGCAAUAACCAGCUGUUGUCACUGUCAAAAAUUGCCAUGCAAUAGCCAGCUGUUGUCACUGUCACACAUUUCCAUGCAAUAACCAGCUGUUGUCACUGUCAAAAAUGUCCAUGCAAUAGCAAGUUGUUGUCACUGUCACAAAUUCCAUGCAAAAGCCAGUUGCUGUCACUGUCACAUAUUUCCAUGCAAUAGCCAGCUGUUGUCACUGUCACACAUGUCCAUGCAAUAGGCAGCUGUUGUCCCUGUCACACAUUUUCAUGCAAAAGAGACCCUCCCGUUAAGCUUAUUUUAUCUUACCUACGCCACUCUCUUUGAAUCUUGUGUGUAAUUAAGAACGGGAGACAGUGGAGACAACGUUAGAUUUUGUUAAUGUUGCGUAAACUUUUCUUAAAAUAGUCCUUACUUUUUUUUCGGACAUUAAAUCGAUGAAAAACUGUUGUUGUUUUUUCUAAUUAAACACUAUUUUUGUUAAUUAAACACAUUUUGUUUAAAUUUAAACACUAUUUUUUGUUAGACCUACAUACGAAUAAUUAAUAGGCCCUAUUUUUUAAACAUAUUUCCGGGGGCGGGGUGUGUGUGUUGCCACUCCCUCUGCUGCCCCCACUGGCAACGCUGCAGUAGCUCUAUAAUAUUUCAGUAUAUCUUUUCUUUGUUUUUUCUCGAAGCUAUUUGGUACAUCGGGUUUGAAUAUAAAAAGCUGCUUGUUUCGACCAGUCUUAGUGUUGAGUUAGAUUUUUAGAAUAUAUAUCAACAGACUUUUUUUUCUUUGCAAGUAAAUUAAUUGAAGCAUUUCUUCUCGUUAGUAGAUUCAAAACUGGAUCUGUUUUUAUAAUGUAUCGUAUGUUUUGAGUUUUUAUCUAACUUCUAUAUUAAGAGCUAAAUGCAUACACCAGGUUGUGACUAUUCGUGAAAAAGCUAUAGUUUCUGAAUCUUAAUAACUAAUAAACAUGCUUUGCUUUAACUAAAGAAUCUUGUCUUUCGUAUCUGCAACCAGCUGCUGCUAGCAGACGAACCGAUCAGAAUGUCAGGUUCGGUGACCAACAGCCAGUUCUGGAUCACAGCUGACGGGGCAGAAAUAUUGGUGGAUGACUUUGCCGACAAGUUUUACAGCACGAUCUACUUUCAUCUCAAAUUGAAAAGAAGACCCGCUUACCUGGCCAUGACGUGAGUAGAAACCAAUCAGUUAUUAGAAUGGUAAAAAAAAAAUGCUUUACUUUAUCUAUUCAGUGUAGUGUCCAGGGUCUGGUUUAGCAUUAAAUUGUCUACUUUGUGCGUUAAGUUAAAAAAAAAAUUGUAUUUCUUCUUUAUGAAUUACAAAAGAAAUCCCAAAUCGGCCUGAGAAGCUGAACCUUGAGCAGAGCCGUGUGAUGGGUUGUGCCCAUAAGGCUCCUAUCUUUAGAGGGACUUAGCCCCGGACAAAGAUUUUUGCUUGCCGCGACAGUGGCCAUUAGCCUGACAACAACUGGUUGAUGGGAAUGUGAUAAAGAAAAUAAAAGGUCUCUUUGUGAUGCAAAAAAAAAAAAAAAAAGAAUUACCUUUUUAAAAAAUAAAUCUUUUUUUUUUUCCCCGGACAAAGGUUUUUGGUUGCCGCGGCAGGGGCCAUUAGCCUGAAAACAACUGGUUGAUGGGAAUGUGAUAAAGAAAAAAAAAGGUCUCUUUUUGAUGAAAAAAAAAAAAAAAAAAGUAUUACCUUUUUAAAAAAUAAAUCUUUUUUUUUUUCAGCGACGUAGCUAGGGUUAUUACUGUCGGAGGCGUACCAAUUACUUCCAUCCCCGCCUUUCACGACAAAACUCUGAAGUUGACAAAAAAUGUCACCCCUAGUAUAAAUUAAAAAAUGACCACAUGGGGCGGAGUGCCCCGUAACGCCAAUGUCACAUCAACUUUACAACGUCAAUGUCACAUCAACUUUCCAACGCCAAUGUCACAUCACCUUUCCAACGCCAAUGUCACGUCACCUUUCCAACGCCAAUGUCACGUCACCUUUCCAACGCCAAUGUCACAUCACCUUUCCAACGCCAAUGUCACAUCACCUUUCCAACGCCAAUGUCACAUCACCUUUCCAACGCCAAUGUCACAUCACCUUUCCAACGCCAAUGUCACAUCACCUUUCCAACGCCAAUGUCUUCAUCAUUCAAAAAAUUUCUUCAUAAAUGUCAUUGAAUUUUGUACACUUAAGCAUGUUAGUUCAGACUUCCUUGACUUGUGUAUGUUACCUAGUUAAUUUGUUUGGCAAACUCGUUGAAUGAAAACACAAUACAAAACAUAAACUUUUCGCGGCUCUGUCUGUGACAGACAUUUCAUUUUGUUAACAAACUUGCCUCAUCUAAUGUUUGUCGUACCGGUCCCACCGCCAGCCUCCUGACCCCGGUUACGCUCCUGGCUGUCCUGUGUGUCGUGUCUUUUCUCCUGACACCGGAGGAGCCGGAGAAGGUGUCAGUGGCCAUCACAGUUCUGUUGUCAUUCACGGUGUUUCUAGGCGUCAUUGACGCUGACCUGCCGGAGACCUCGGACAACAUGUCAUUGAUUGGUGAGUUGUUGAUUUGAAUCCCUUUUAACUCUUAGAGUCUAGAGGAUAUUAUUUGUAUAUGCCAAACAAACAUAAAGUAUUAUAAUAUAUCCUAUGUCAUUACUGAAUGUGUCAAGUUUUAUAUUUAAUCAAUAUGGAUUAUCAUUUUAUCUUAUGGCUCCAAGAAAUUUGAUAAGUAAUAUUUUAAAUAUAUGAAGAAGAUAUUAAUUCGAUGUUAAUAGUUGAUUAAACCGGCAUAUUUAUAAAUUAUAUACAUACAUACAAGUGGCUAACAUUUCACAGUGCAGCUAUUAUUUAUAGAACUCUUUGAGUCAAAUUCGCACAAUAUUCAAAUUUUUUCAGCUAGCCGUUUUCUAUUGGUCUCCAUUGCUUCCACAGUUGUGUACGUGGACACGUUGCUCCUCUUGUCCUUCCUGUCCGUGGCCGGCAAUGCUUUGGUCAUCAUUAUA